UAUAUGGGGGAUGCCCUCUCUGUCCCCUUUAUAGUCUCUUGGCUGCCAACCCUUGAGUGGCAACAAGCAAAUAAACUGGAGAUAAAGGUCCAAGGUAAAAAGGAAACCUAAGGCGCAGAGAAGACUCGAGAAAAACCCACCCAAGGGAUGGCAGCCUGAGCGUCAGCAAUCCGACUAGGGCAUAAGAUACCCUUUCAGGCUACCACGGAAUCGCAUGAAGAAAAACAUAUGAAAUGACGGCAGAAAAGGCGAGGAACAAAUAGCACAGAUAAACUAAAAGAAUAGAAAAACAACUAGGAACACAUGGAUGCAAAUACACUGGUACAAGGGAGUAAACCCGCAGAACAGGAGGCUGCGUGGCGAAACUCGCGUACCAGAUUACAGAAAAAUGCAACAUUAUCAUUCAAAAUCUACAGGGGCCGAGGAAAUAAGUGUAAAAUAAAACGCGCCGAACAGAUUGACCAAAUAAGGCACAAAUGCAACAAAAGUGAUGAGCCAACUUUACGGAAUCGAAGGAAGAUUAAAUUAGUGAGGGAAAGAACGCAGAACCCAAACUUAAAACCGAAUAAUACAAAGCAAAAGCGUGCAAAUUCGAGUGGAGCCGGGGAAAAAACCAUUUCACAAACCGGAGCUUGUUGGGCAAAGCACGCAUAACAAAAGCAAACUGAAUAAAGCAAAGAAAACCAAAGUGGGAGCCGAAGGGAAAAGCACUGCACAAACCCGAUGUUGGUGAGGCAAAACACGCAAAGCAAAAAAUUACCGAAUAAAGCAAAAUAAACACAAGCAUGCAACAAACUUGACGGGAGCCGAGGGAGUAGCACUGCACAAACCCGGUGUUUGUGAGGCAAAACACGCAAAACAAAGUUCUGACUAAAGCUAAGCGUAACAAAAGCGCGUAACUGACUUUACGGGAGCCGAAGGAAAAGUACUGCACAAACCCGAUGUUUGUGAGGCAAAGCACGCAAAACAAAAAUUACUGAAUAAAGCAAAAUUAAACACAAGCGUGCAACAUUUUUUACGGGAGCCAAGGGAAUAGCACUGCACAAAGCCGGUGUUUUUGAGGCAAAGCACGCAAAACGAAAAUUAGUAUCUGACUCUGAAUAAGUUUGGAUCAAUUUAGGUUUCUGAAAAACUGCCCAACUACCCCUCCCCCAAGCUAACAUUAACACUUACUUCUCACUUAGGGCAAAAUGAUGGCUUAGGGGAGGGGUAGGUGGGCAGUUUCCCAGAAAACUAAAUUGAUCCAAACUAUAACCUCUUGUUGUUCCAUUGAAAACGGUACCCAUUUUAAGACUCUAAUGGGCUGAUCCGUUUUCAUGAGAUCAAAACGGCUAAAAAAACCAUACCGUCUGUAGGACACACCUAUAUAGCUUACAAAGGGUAUUACCCCCGCGUAUGUUGUCACUAAUUGCAGAGAAAAUCUUUCCCCAAAGAUUGAAGCAUCAGACGUACAUCAACUAUGGCAUCUUCAAAAGAAUAUACCGAGCAACAGCUAAACUAUUACAGAAUUUGUUACCCAACUACUGAUAUACUAGCAAAUUUGGGUUUUGGGUAUGCCCUGACAUGCUUGUGUCAGAAGUAAAUGUUUUUACUUCAUAGACCGCGUUAUCUACGUCACUGAUAAUUUUUCCCCCUCUGAACUAAUUUGCUAAUUGCAGGAUUCAUUUUCCUUAAAGGUUCCAAGCAUCGGAGGUGCAUCAAAUAUGGCCUCUUUAAACGAAUAUACCGAUGAACAGCUGAACUAUUACAGAAUUUGCUAUGUAACCACUGAUAUUCUAGCGGAGGGUCUGAGAGAGAUAUUUAAACAAGAAUGGGACAAACUGUACAAAUCAACAACAGGAGAAUGGAAAGACGAGCUUCGUAAUGGAAUGGAGUUUUAUAACGGAGAGUCUCCUCGAAAUCAAAAAAGAAACGCUCAUCUUUUGGCAACUAUGAAAAACGGAAACAGAGUGGAAUGGGAUUGUACAAUGCUUUUUUACUCCAUCCUUUUCUCCGAUUGCGUCGGGACAGGUCUUAACGCACUGGUCAGAAAAAAUGUAAAUGAUCUACGAAAGUUCAGGAAUGAAGCAUUCGCUCACAUGCCACAAGGUAGUCUCUCUGAGAUAGAUUUUCAGAAUGCUAUUAGCAAAGUUGAUGUUGCGUUUCAAGCUCUUAGUCUUCCCACUGUAAAAAUUCAAAACCUAAAAUAUCAGAAAACAUUUCCAACAAAAGAAGUUGAUAAUCUGAAACAAGAAGUUCAAGAAAAAGAGAGUCAGCGCCAGGUCCUUGAAGAUCAGCUCCAAAAUAAAGCACCCUCAUUCUGUGUUCUCCCUCCUAAACCUUCGCAUGAAAUCGGUGGUCGUGAAAGUGAAGUAGCAAAAAUAGUCCAACAGCUGAGGGAACUAAAUGAGUCCGGUAACAACAGGUUGAGUUAUCUUUACAUCUCAGGGAAUCCUGGAAGCGGUAAAUCACAGCUAGCUGGCCUUGUAGCUGAGAGAUUCUUUGACGACCUCAAAGAAAUGCCAGGUGGGUCUUCAUUUGUAAUGACAUUAAAUGCUGCAAGUCCAGAUUCACUUCUGGAGUCGUAUGCCUCAUUUGCUCGCCACUUAAAGUGCCCAGACUAUUCAAUUGUGGAAACCCUCAGCUCAAAGGACUCGACUGUGGACGAAAAGAUCACUAGUCUUAAGAUGCUUGUCGCUGUAAAAAUUACCUGUUACUCGUCGUGGCUAUUGGUGGUUGACAAUGUCACUACCAUGUCAUCUGUGCAUGUCCAUUUACCACAGUUUAAUUCAAAGGCUUGGGAAAGAGGCCAUUUGCUCAUUACGACGCAGGACACAACGUCAAUUCCCUCAAAAAGCUCUUUCGUUAAUCACAUUUCAGUAAGCCAAGGUAUGGAGCCCGAUGAUGCCCGUUCAUUAUUGUCUAAGCUUUCUGGUAUCCCAAAUAGCGAGCUAUUAGGAACAGUAGCACAAAGACUGGACUAUCAACCUCUUGAUUUAGCAGGCGCUGCCGUCUUUGUUAAAGAGAUUCGGCAGGACAAAGUAUCUACGCAGUUUGGGUGGGAGGAAUACCUGAAAAUCUUAGAAAAAGGAAAAAGACAGAAAACAGAAAAUACACUUGUCGACACCAAUCCAAUUUAUCCAAAUUCAAUGACCAAAGCAAUAACGUUAGCCGUCGAAACACUGAUGAGAUCCGACAAAGUUCAAAAACACCUUUUCACUUUUCUUACCCUCUGCGCUCCACGGCCAUUAAACGUGGACAUAGCAGUUAGUUACAUCAUGAACGCACAUGAAGAGUUUGAUGAAGCGGACAAAGAAUUAAUUCGCAUGAGAUUAAAAAGAAGCUCACUUCUGCUGUUCCAAGAUGACGAGGGUGGCUCUUUUAUUGGACUUCACCAGGUUGUGCAUGAUGCUAUAAAAACUGUAGCAAAAGAGUCGGCAGAAAGCCAAACCGAUGAGGUCGUUAGUGGGGUCAUUACAUCAUUUAGCGAAUUUAUCGUCGCAACUCCACCACAGGAUAAGCAACUAAACACCAGACACAUCGCUCCACAUUUGAAAGCUUUAAUUAUGGUAACUGACAAAGUGUUUUUGCGAGAUAAUUUCUUUCAAGUUCAUGAUAAGGAGAUUUCCGAAAAAUGCGAAAACCUUGGAGAUGUUUGUCAAAUGCACUGUGAAUUCGAAGAAGCAAAAACAUAUUUUCAAUAUUCACUCACUUUUAAGCUUCAAGAGCUCGGCCCGGAGCAUGUUGAUGUAGCAACAAGCUACAAUAACUUAGCUUUGAUUUACAAGGAUUUAGGUGACUUUGAGCAAGCCAAGGAGUAUCAGCAACGUGCUCUGGACAUUGAACUGGACAGGCUCGGCCCGGAACAUGUUAAUGUUGCAAGAAACUACAAUAACUUAGCUUCGAUUUACAAGAAUUUAGGUGACCUUGAGCAAGCCAAGGAGUAUCAGCAACGUGCUCUGGACAUUGAACUGGACAAGCUCGGCCCGGAACAUGUUAAUGUUGCAAUAAACUACAAUAACUUAGCUUUGAUUUACCAGGAUUUAGGUGACUUUCAGCAAGCCAAGGAGUAUCAGCAACGUGCUCUGGACAUUGAACUGGACAAGCUCGGCCCGGAACAUGUUAAUGUUGCAAGAAACUACAAUAACUUAGCUUUGAUUUACAAGGAUUUAGGUGACUUUGAGCAAGCCAAGGAGUAUCAGCAACGUGCUCUGGACAUUGAACUGGACAAGCUCGGCCCGGAACAUGUUAAUGUUGCAAGAAGCUACAAUAACUUAGCUUUGAUUUACAAGGAUUUAGGUGACCUUGAGCAAGCCAAGGAGUAUCAGCAACGUGCUCUGGACAUUGAACUGGACAAGCUCGGCCCGGAACAUGUUAAUGUUGCAUCAAGUUAUAAUAACUUAGCUUUGAUUUACAAGAAUUUAGGUGACUUUGAGCAAGCCAAGGAGUAUCAGCAACGUGCUCUGGACAUUGAACUGGACAAGCUCGGCCCGGAACAUGUUAAUGUUGCAACAAGUUAUAAUAACUUAGCUUCGAUUUACAAGAAUUUAGGUGACUUUGAGCAAGCCAAGGAGUAUCAGCAACGUGCUCUGGACAUUGAACUGGACAAGCUCGGCCCGGAACAUGUUAAUGUUGCAACAAGUUAUAAUAACUUAGCUUCGAUUUACCAGGAUUUAGGUGACUUUGAGCAAGCCAAGGAGUAUCAGCAACGUGCUCUGGACAUUCAACUGGACAAGCUCGGCCCGGAACAUGUUAAUGUUGCAAGAAACUACAAUAACUUAGCUUCGAUUUACAAGAAUUUAGGUGACCUUGAGCAAGCCAAGGAGUAUCAGCAACGUGCUCUGGACAUUGAACUGGACAAGCUCGGCCCGGAGCAUGUUAAUGUUGCAACAAGUUAUAAUUACUUAGCUUUGAUUUACAAGGAUUUAGGUGACCUCGAGCAAGCCAAGGAGUAUCAGCAACGUGCUCUGGCCAUUAGAGCAGACAAGCACUGUCUCAACAAAACACCAAAUAAGGUACACGAAGGACUGCUAGCGGACGCAAAAAACUUAUUUAUGGAAAUUAUAUUUCUUUUAGAUAGAUUUUACGCAGUCUUUGAGGCUUAUCGCGUUGGUGUUGUGUUAAAAUUUAAAAGGCUGAAGUUUUCUUUUUUUUUUUUUUUCACAGCAGCAUAAGAUGAGUCUUAAACCGCGAGGAUCGAUAUCGUCUUUGCAUUUUUUCUUUUGCAGUUCCAAUAUAUGAAAUUCUUAUCAUCUUUAUAAAUGAUUUUAAUUUGAUAAACUCCAUAACGGUUUACUUAUAUUAAUCAUGGAAUCGAUGUCUUGGACGUUGGUAAGACAUCUCUUAAUUUAGGUUUGACUGUAACAGUUUCUGUUUACACUCUAUUUCUGCUUUCCGUAUCUUCAAGUUUCUUCUAAUGAAAAAAACCUGUUAGUCCUUGCAGAUUACUCAUGAAGCUGAAAGGCAUUUUUCACAAUCCAAGAAAGAAGAUGAUGACGAUGAGGAUGAUGAUAAAGGCAGUAGUAAGAACGGUAAAGCAAAAAUCAUUGUUAAGUUACAAAUGUCUCCUCCUGCUAACUUUUAACGAUUUUAAUCAAGGGCGCAUUUCUUUUAGAAAUAAUCCGAUAACUAAAGGUUUAAUCGUUGCAAAAUCUUACAGUCUUUGGACUUGACGCGACAAAGGGAACGUGAGUAAAAACCCAGAGACGGAUUCUUCAGCGUUCCAAAAAUAUUUGUGUGAAACGCCUGCAAUAACGUAGAAUGCUCGACAGGUGUAAUUUUUUUGGACCCAUGGCCAAACAAACUCAUUAAUUGUGAAUGUAUAAAAGCGGAUUUAGAUAUAAUCUAUCAGCAAUCUAUUGGGAGUGUGUUUUUAGUUUUAGUAAAGAAAGGCAAAAUCCGCGUUUGGAUGAUGGUUUCAAAGAAAAGUGGUGUAGGUCAAAAGUCAGCUACAUCCAAAAAGAAAUUUUCAGGCAAACACAAUUUCCGAUUUGGGGCUGCAUAUCAGUCGGACAAACUACAAAUGGAGUUUAACACCGCGAUUUAUUAAAGCCAUUUUCAAUUUUGCUAACCUCAAGAUCCAAACAUUGUUUGCCUCUUAUGGUGUCAAGGAGGCUUUCUGCCGAGGCAAACCCAGUACCAAAUAUCUACUUUAAAUAAACGAGUUCAAAGCGAAUUAGGGGUUCCACUGAUCCCAGGUACAAUACAUUAGGUGCGGUUACACUACACGUUUCCCCCAAAGUUCCCCGAUUAGGGAAAUAGCUUGGGUUGGGGUCACCCUGGGUAAUUGACCACUCCAGAAAAUACCAUAACAUACCAUAAUGCUCUUUGUUUGUCACCCCAAAAUUUUGCAUAAGCAUUGUCUUUGCAUAAGCAUUGUGUUUCUCUUGGGAGUUAAAAUGGCUCCAAGAGAAACUGAAAACAAUGCUUAUGCAAAAUUUUGGGGUGAUAAACAAAGAGCAUUAUGGUAUGUUAUGGCAUUUCUGGAGUGGUCAAUUGAUCACUGUCAUGGUUGCGGUUACACAGUGAUGAAUUGCCCAAUGGGAAAAAAAAAACGUGAACCCAGUUUUGAGGUAAACGUUGUUGUAAACAUUGAAGGCUUACAUAAUCUUAUUAAUAACACUCGCUCCACAUUAAUUAAACUUAGAAAGAGAGAUUCAGUGUUAAAUUUUGAGACUAAAAAGGACGACGUUCACUUCAUUUUUUUUUAAAGAAAGACAAAUUCUCGCUCAGAAAUUAAAAGUACGGGUUUACAAAAAUGUUUGCAGCGACUUCAUAAUUAAGGAAAUAAUUCUUGAACACAUGUAAAGAAAACUUACGAGUGUUUUGAGGAGCUCUUAAAUUCAUUUAAAAGUGUAAAAUACAGAAAAACAUACACAGCAGUGUUCAAAAUCCUGCUGAGGUUUCGCAGUCCAGUUUGGCGCUGGAUUUGGCGCCAAGACGGACUCAGCACGUAAACAACACGUGAUUUCUACUUUUUGGUACGUUUCAAUCUCUCGUGAUUGGUUGAGCCGCCUUAGGUUCUUAUUUACCAGAAGAACGUAUUUCGGGAACUGUCAUGGGUAAUUCUUUUGUUUGGAUUGAUGUAUCCAAGGAAAUUUACCCGAGGCACUGAAUUUCACCUUGGGAAAAACGGUCACACAAAAAGCCGCUUCCCCGUGGGCAACAGCCAUUUGCCUGUGGGUAAAAUGAGUAAUUUGGCCGCACCUAUUUUAGGUCGCUUAAAAAGGAUAUGUUAUGAUCAACGUUUGAUUUUCAUCGUAUCUUGUGCAUUGUAAGCUUAAUUACUCUUUUCUUUCACAGACAAAAGAGGUAAGAGAGACAAACACAAUGAUGAACAAAAAAAACAGCAGAUUACUAAGAAAGGUUCAGAUGCUGAUAGUGGGCAUGAUGUGUCAUCUGAGGGAGAUGGUUACCUGGAUUCACGGGAAGAGGAUCACAGAUCUGACAGCUCUUCAUCUUUGGAUGGUGAGAUAUUUUGA